AUGAGCGAGGUGUUCGAGGGCUAUGAGCGCCAGUACUGCGAGGCGUCCGCCUCCCUCACCCGCAAAUGCACCGCCGCCGCCGCCGUACAAGGAGAGAAGUUGAAGCAGAAGGCGGCGGAGAUCCAAUCCGGCAUCGAUGGCGCUGAUGCACUGAUAAGGAAGAUGGAUCUCGAAGCAAGGAACCUCCAACCAAGCAUUAGAGCUGGGCUCCUAGCAAAGAUCAGGGAGUACAAGUCAGAUCUUAAUAACCUCAAGGGAGCGCUGAAGAGGAUCACCAGUGGUAAUGCACAGCAGGGGGCGAGGGAGGAGUUGUUGGAGUCAGGAAUGGCAGAUGCAUUGGGGGUUUCUGCUGAUCAAAGGUCAAGAUUGCUCAGGGCAACCGAGAGACAGAACCGAACAACUGAUAGGCUCAGAGAUAGCCAUAAAACUAUGCUGGAGACUGAAGAUCUUGGUGUCUCCAUCUUGCAUGACCUGAAUCAACAGCGCCAAUCUCUCUUGCAUGGUCAUGAUGUAUUGGAUGAGGUGGAUAACAAUGUUGGCAAGAGCAGGAGGAUCAUCGGAGGCAUGAUGAGGAAAAUGGAUAGAAACAAGUGGAUCAUCGGUCUCAUCAUAGCAGUCCUUGUCUUGGCUGUCCUCGUGAUCCUGUAUUUCAAGUUCGUGCACUAG